UGAGAAACAUAUCGCUUGAUUCAGGCGGUGCCGAAAUUCAGAGCCAAACGCACGAGAAUCUGAGUGUGGUCGAGCAAUGGCUGCUCCCCUCCUAGCCUCAAGGGCAGCCUCUCUUCUUCCACCCGCCCUCACAGCAGAGCAUUCCCCAAAAUAGAAGGCUAUGAAGCAACAAGGGACGGGAGAUUUCUCCCCUUUCAUCUUUUUUUCGUUUCCCGUCCGCCGUAUCAUGCGGUGCCCAGGCUGGUGGAUUGGCGGCGGCUCAUCGUUUUCCUCCGGCGAGAUUGGGUCCGGGCCGCCGAGAAUCGGAGAGGCAUCCAGAUCCAGCAUCAAGAGGAGGCAAUCCCGAGCGCGGGUAUCAUCCUGCCAAGUUUGGGCCAACAUUUUGGGCAGAUCACCUCGGCAAGUUUUGGUCCCGAGGUCAGCAAUUUGGGGAGGAGAAUCAAGCGAGGAAUCGGUGCUCGGUCCUUGUGCGUUCUUGAGCUGCCGAUCCCCACCGGGGAGCAAUGGCUGGCUGGGCGAGGAAUUAGGGGUCGAUUAGGCAAGCAAGCAGAUUAUAUUAUAGGAUGAGGUGGCCGAGGAGCAGAUUGAAGUGGCUCCUCAGCGCAUGCCUCAUUUCCCUCCUGCUGCUCACGCCCACAGACUGUGACGGGCUGCUGCUCGUCGCCGCUAUCAGGAAGAAUUUGUUUUGGCCGCCGCCACCUCCCCAACCGUAUGCUCCGAGCCGAAUAGGUGAUGAAUUGGUGGAACAAUUAUGGCAAAACUGCGGUCUAGAUAGGAUAAUCCCUCAAGAUGUUAAAAACCAGUCCUAUUACACCCUUGCAUUCAACACCAAGGAAGGAAUGAACACUUCUUUGUCGCCAGAAGCUGCCGAUACUAUUUUGGACUGCUUAAGCAAGCAUAAUUUUCCUUUGCCACAUGGCUCUGGGCAUACACAGGAGGAAGAUGUUGAGGAGGAGGCAGGAAGCUUAUUGCCAAAUUCCAAUAAUUUCAAACUGUCUUUUGCAUCAAAAAUAAGAUAUCUUCUUGAAGGAGCUUCAACAUCACAUUAUUCUUUGUCACCGCCAGCAAAAGAAGCAAUCAGGAGUCUUUUCUCUUCUGAAGCAGAGGCUCGUCCACUAGCCAUUAGCAUAAAAAUUUCUUUGGGAAAGAAGCGCAAAGACAAUCAGCCGGGUUCAUCCACUGCUGUCAUUGGUGCAGUGGCUUGUUUAGCAUUGGUGGCCCUUGUCGGUAGCUUGUGUGGCUUGUGUGACGAAGAGCCAGCGUCACCGUAUGAUCUAGUGGGGGGUGGUGAACUAACAGGUUCUUCCCGUAAGUCUUCCGCCACCCAGAUCGAUGUCAGUAGGCUGGGAGCAUUGUCCAGCAGUGCAUCUGAGAAACAGCAGCCUGAAUUUACAGUACCAGUAAUGAAGUUGAAUACUGAAAAACCAGCCACAAAACUGAAGUCAGUUGGAGCAGCGUCAAUGAAGGCAGAACUAAUGGAGCGACACAGCAGAUUUAGCUCGUAUGAAGUAACGACCAUCGCUGGACAGCCGACGGCGAAACCCGAGAAGGCUGCAGUUUCUUCUGCAGGUCCACCUCCGCCACCUCCUCCUCCAGUUCCAGGUGCACCAGCACCAGCACCAACACCUCCUCCUCCAGAUCCAGGUGCACCAGCACAACCACCUGGCGCACCAGCACAACCACCUGGCGCACCAGCACCACCAGGUGCACCAGCACCACCACCACCACCACCAGGUGCACCAGCACCACCACCGCCACCAGGUGCACCAGCACCACCGCCGCCACCAGGUGCACCCGCACCACCACCGCCUGCACCAGGUGCACCCGCACCACCACCGCCUGCACCAGGUGCACCAGCACCACCACCGUCUGCGCCAGGUGCACCCGCACCACCACCUGCACCAGGUGCACCAGCACCACCUCCAAAGCCGGGCGGGCCUCCUCCUCCAGGGCCACCAGCACCUCCUGGUGCAAAGGCUGGAGGAGGACCUGGACCUCCACCUCCACCUCUAAAACCAGGUGGACCGCCUGGAGCUGGACCUCCGCCACCAGCAAUGCCUGGUGGUCCAAGAAAAGGUCCUCCACCGCUUAAGAGGCCAGGAGCUGCAGCUCCUGUUGCAGACUCUUCGAAAACAAAGUUGAAGCCCUUCUUCUGGGAUAAAGUUGCUGCAAGUGCAGAUCAAGCAAUGGUGUGGGAUCAAAUUAAAGCAGGAUCCUUCCAGUUUAAUGAGGAGAUGAUUGAAUCUCUUUUUGGUUGCAACCCUGUUGACAAGAAAAGUAAUGAUAAAAAAGAGCCGGCAAAGGAAGUUCCUCAGUUUGUUAGGAUCCUAGAUGCUAAGAAGGCACAGAAUUUAGCAAUAUCACUGAAGGCACUCUGUGUUACAGCUGAAGACGUACGUAUUGCAGUUACAGAAGGGCAUGAUCUCCCAGCCGAUUUGAUUCAAACCUUGCUACGGUGGACCCCAACCAGUGAUGAGGAGCUACGGCUUCGGCUGUACACUGGAGAGAUGACUCAACUUGGUCAAGCGGAGCAAUUCUUGAAGAUCAUCAUUGACAUCCCAUACAUUUUCCAGCGCUUGGAGACGUUGCUUUUGAUGGCCAGUUUGACGGAAGAAGCUACAGGUGUGGAGCAGUCAUUCAAAACCCUAGAGGCUGCCUGCCACGAGCUUAGGCACAGCCGUCUUUUCAAGAAGCUACUGGAGGCUGUACUUAAAACCGGCAACCGAAUGAAUGAUGGUACCUUUCGAGGGGGAGCACAAGCGUUCAAACUGGACACCCUCCUGAAGCUGGCUGAUGUCAAGGGCGUCGAUGGCAAGACGACGCUGCUGCAUUUCGUCGUCCAGGAGAUCGUCCGCUCGGAGGGUGUCCGUGCCGUGCGGGCGGCCAAGGAGUUGAACAGCAGCGUCUCCAGUGUGAGCAGCACCGAUGAUCUAACCGAGGAUGUUGGGGACGACACGGAACACUACAAGCAGCUGGGUCUCAAUGUGGUGUCCAGCCUGGGAGACGACCUCCAGAACGUGCGCAAGGCAGCGCUCCUCGACGCGGACGCGCUGACCAUCACGGUGGCGAGCCUCGGGCACAGACUGGUGAAGGCAAAUGAGUUCUUGAACACGGGCAUUAAGAGCCUGGAGGAGGAGAGCGGGUUCCAGCGCAAGUUGGCCCAGUUCAUAGAGCAUUCCCAGCUGCAGGUGACCCACCUGCUGGAGGAGGAGAAGAAGCUCCGUGGUCUGGUGCGCUCCAUCGUGGAUUACUUCCACGGCAGCACCGGGAAGGAUGAGGGCCUGCGCCUGUUCGUGGUCGUGCGCGACUUCCUGGUGAUACUGGAGAGGGUGUGUAGGGAGGUGAAAGAGGCGGCCGCCAAAGCCGCCGCUGCCAACAAGAAACCGGCGGUAGCGGCAGCACCGGCGAAAGGGGGCAGGCAGCCGUCCCAGCCGCAACCAUCUUUCCGCGACCCUCGGCAACAACUGAAGCCCGCGAUCCAAGGCCGGAGGGCAAAGGCGAACAGCAGCUCCAGCUCCUCUGAUUCCGAUUGACCGACUGACACCUGGCUACCUAGGCUAGCUGCAUCAAUUAUGAUCAUGGCAAGGGAUCUCAUGGAUGGCAAUAGCAUACGCAGGAAGGAAAGGUGGAGCAACCUUGACCUCUACUAUGUUAUGUAUGUAUAUAAAUGUAUGUAUCAUUCUGCAUUUCACAUCACACUUGUUGUUAGAGCGAUGAGAAUGAGAUCGCAGCGUAGGUAGGCUAGUUAAGGAUUGUGGAUGGUAGGUCAGCUCAAUUGACUGCUUGUAAUGUCAUCUUGUCUACUUUUACUUAGUCUCCUCCAACUAAUUAUACAUGCAGGUGUCUUUUUUCCA